AAGUUACUCCUUUGGUCGGCUCACAGGGGAACCAAAGUCGUCCCUAUCAACAGUACCAUCCCCUUGACGGCACAUCUUGGCUCACUCUCUCUCACACACACGAUGCCAAACCUGGCUAUCUUUGGGCCCUUGGUAUUAGGCCUCAGUUGAGAGAGACGCGCCUUUGUGACACUUAUCACAAGUACGUUCGCUUGCGUACCGGGGGGCACUGUCCGUGAAGUCUGUGCAGUUUGGCACCAGAAAAGUCGAUUUUAGUCCAGUAAGAUUGUCUGAAUCUCGAGGACGAAGUCGAGGUUGGCUGGUUAAUUCGAUUCUUGGCUCGGUAGAGUCGGGAUUUUCUCGUCAUCGGUUCUCAUCUUCUCGAGAGUGUCUUGGUGGACAGGCAGGCGGCGCUACAUAGAGCGCGAAGAUCAACCAUGUCGUCGACCAGCCGUAUGACCAAGUACACGACCUUCGUGGCCAUUGCGAUAUGCAUGUUGUACUUUGCCUUCCGAGCUUCGGAAACGGAAUUGGCAUCGAUAAAGUCACUAUCAGUUCAGUACAGCCAGAGCCUCUCGGAGACGGUCUCGGGCUCGAGGCACAGAGAUGACAUGGAGCUCGAUGAAGGUCAACACCUCGCCCACGCACUACAAUCGACAUUCACGCCAUCCAAGUCAUACCCUUCACGGUUUCCCCGGACGGUAUGGCAAGCAUGGCUGGGUCCAGACGAGCACGGUGCCGAGAGGUUUUCCGAGAGAACCGAAACGUGGGAGAAGGUGAAGGGGUUCGAGUAUAAGUUGUUGAAAGAAUCCGACGCUCUGGCAUUCGUAAAACAACACUUUGCGUCAUCGAGACCCUCCAUCGUCAAGUUCUGGGAAAGUCUCGAAGCGCCAGUCCUCAAGGCCGAUUUCUUGCGGUACCUUGUCAUGCUCGCCGCGGGCGGCGUGUACAGCGACAUCGACACGUCGAACCUCGUGCACCCGGAUCGCUGGAUCCCGAUCGACCUGGGCGCCAGCACGGUCAACGCCAUCAUCGGCAUCGAGUACGACGACCACACGUACCGGAUGUUUGUGCGGCCCAUCGGCCUGUGCCAGUGGACGCUGAUGUCGAAACCGGGCCACCCCAUCUUCGAAGUCGCCGUGCAGCGGGUGAUCAGCAACCUCGAGUACAUGGCCCGGCGGAAGCGGGUGACGCUGGGCGAGUUGGCGUUGGACAAGAUGGAGACCCUCGAGGCCACGGGGCCGGGCAUGAUCACCGACGCCGUCAUGCAGGUGCUCAACGACCAGGGCCAGAACGUGACGUGGUCGACGCUGCACGACCAGCGCGAACCGAAGCUGUACGGGGACGUGCUGGUGUUGCCGAUCAACGGGUUCGCGGGACACCAGAAGCACAGCCACGCGGGGGACCCGGCGUACGGGUUGCGCUACAUCCAGCACCAUUUCGCCAGGACAUGGUAUGCUCCGGACAAGGCGGGUGGGCCUGCCGACGAGAAGAAGAAGGAGGAGUCCUCAAAGCAGAUCCCAAAGGAAGAACCCCAAAAAGCCAAAGAGAGCCAGAUCCCCAAGGCCAAAGAUGAGACCCCAAAGGAGAUCCCCAAGGAGACCUCAAAGGCCAAAGAAGUGACCCCAAAGGAGACGCCAAAGGUCAAGGAACAGAAGAAUCAAGAACCCAAAAACCAGGAAGAGAAAAGUAACGAGAAGUUCCCCGAGGCAAAGAAGGACUAGCGACGAUAGUGAUGAUGGUUAUAUGGUCUUGACAUUCAAAGGCGUCACGGCAUGGCGUAAAGCUAUUAUGGCGUACAGGGAGCAUCCAGCAUAGCAACUUUAAAGAUCUUGAACGAUAUAUGUAAACGUUAAAGAGAUUGAAAUCUAGCGUCACUAGGAGCUACCCUGAUCUCUAGGGAUUAUCUGGGGACAUCAAAGAAGAUUUCCUGAC